AUGGCUGACCGUCUAAUACCGGUACCGCUCAGUUCAGCACCAACCGACCAAGCCAUUCGUGUUGUAAAAGCCUUCCAAGCUGGGCUCGAUCGACGUGAGCCAUCGUUGAGUGGUCCAAGUGCAGCAAGGCUACGUGAAAUCAGUCGACAGUUGAAACUUCAAGUUGAGCACGAGGGGAAAGGUGUGCCGCGUUCAAUAUCUCGUCAGUCGCAAUCGAAACAAGGUGAAGCAGUUUCAUCGGUUUAA